CAGACACGCCGAGUUAGAGGUGCUGUCUGGCCUUUUCUUUUCUUUUAUUUCUUUUCUUUUAUGGAUACGCUCGCCAUAUUCCUCCAGCGUUGUUAGCGCUGCGUUUUCUGGCCCCGGGUGAGAGAGCGAGUGAGCGGUGCUGAUUUUAAAAGGCGUUCGUUUCUGCUCCGCGCGCUGGUGAACUGCACGCGACCUCCUCUACAUGGCCGCGCUGUUCCCCAACACGUCGCCUCUCUAGGCUGGGAAAGGGAACGCGGCUGCUUCUCAGUUUUCGGUGUUAUUCGGUGUUAAUUGAACCCUGCCAGCCAGGCUUCCAGUUUGCAAGACACUUGGAGAGCGUGGUGGCGGAGGAGCGACGGAACACGGCCGGAGCAGCGGGAUUUGAUGAACCGUUUCCACAUUUCCAUUAGCAAUGACAUCCUGCAGGGCAAACAUGUUGCCUAUCGGAUUGUUCUUCAUUCUACUCACUCUCAUUGUUGAGAAUAUCGUCCCUACUGGAGCUAUUGAAGCCCCGAAGACCUGCAGCCCCAAGCAGUUUGUGUGUAAGGACCAGGUGACCUGCAUCUCUAAAGGCUGGAGAUGUGAUGGAGAGAAAGACUGUCCUGAUGGUUCCGACGAGGCCUCCGAUAUCUGUCACCAAAGCCAGACGUCUCAUUGCCCGCCCAACGAGUUUGACUGUCGGGGCACAAACAUCUGUAUUCAUCUGAGCAAACUGUGCAACAGCAUCUCGGACUGCGUGGAUGGAAGUGACGAAGGGCAUCACUGUCGAGAGUUUGUGAAUAACUGCACCACCAUGAAGUGUAACGACAGCUGUGCAAUCACCCCCUCCGGACCCAAGUGCUACUGCAAGAGUGGGUUUGAGGCUGGCGAGGACGGCCUGAUCUGCAGAGAUUUUAAUGAGUGUGCGGUCUAUGGUACAUGCAGUCAGACCUGCACUAAUACUGAGGGCUCUUACACCUGCAGCUGUGUGGAGGGCUACCUACUUCAGCCGGACAACCGCUCCUGCAAAGCCAAGAAUGACCCGGUGGACCGUUCUCCCUAUCUCCUCAUCGCCAACUCUCAAAACAUCCAGGCUACAUCUCUGAACGGCGCCAACCCCAUCUCUGUAAGCACACACAAAACCACAGCCAUGGACUUCAUCUAUGCUGAGGAGACAGUCUGCUGGAUCCACGUUGGUGAUGCACCCAGCGCCACCCUUCUAAAGUGCGCCAAGUUUCUCAACGCCAAGACCUUCACGGAGGAGAGGACGAUCAACAUCUCACUGAGUCUGCAUCACGUGGAGCAGAUGGCCAUUGAUUGGCUGACCGGAAACUUCUACUUUGUGGAUGAUGUAGACGAGCGCAUCUUCGUCUGCACCAAAGACGGCGCCACCUGCGUCAUCCUGCUGGACCUGGAGCUUUACAACCCCAAGGGCAUUGUGCUGGACCCAACCAUGGGAAAGAUGUUCUUCACCGACUACGGGCAGAUCCCCAAGGUGGAGCGCUGCGAUAUGGACGGGCAGAACCGGACCAAGCUGGUGGACAGCAAGAUCGUCUUCCCUCACGGCAUCACACUGGACCUGGUCAACAGGCUGGUGUACUGGGCUGAUGCCUACCUGGACUAUAUUGAAGUGGUCGACUAUGAGGGCAAGAACCGACACAGCAUCAUUCAUGGCCUGCUGAUCGAGCACCUGUAUAGUCUGACCGUGUUUGAGAACUACCUGUAUGCCACCAACUCGGACAACGGCAACAUUCAACCCAAGACCAGCGUCAUCCGAGUGAACCGCUUCAACAGCUCUGACUUCCAGGUGGUGACACGCGUGGACAAAGGCGGCGCUCUGCACGUGUACCACCAGAGACGCCAGCCUGCAGUGCGCAGUCAUGCCUGUGCUCCAGAUCAGUUCGGCAAGCCUGGAGGCUGCUCUGAUAUCUGUCUCUUGGCCAACAGCCACAAGAGCCGCACAUGCCGCUGUCGCUCCGGGUUCAGCCUGGGCAGCGAUGGAAAGUCCUGCAAGAAACCAGAGCACGAACUCUUUUUGGUGUAUGGUAAAGGUCGGCCUGGGGUCAUCCGUGGCAUGGACCUGCAUGCCCGCGUCUACGACGAGCACAUCAUUCCCAUCGAGAACCUGAACAACCCCAGAGCCCUGGACUACCACUCUGAGACCGAAUUCAUCUACUUCAGCGACGCCACCACGUACACCAUCGGCCGGCAGAAGAUCGACGGCACGGAGAGGGACAUCAUCGUGAAGAGUGGAAUCCACACGGUCGAGGGCAUAGCUGUGGACUGGAUGGGUCAGAACCUGUACUGGACAGAUGAUGGUCCUGAAAAGACCAUAAGCGUGGCCAGGCUAGAGAAAGCGUCACAGACACGCAAGACCCUCAUCGAGGGAAAGAUGACCCAUCCGAGAGCCAUUGUGGUGGACCCUGCGCACGGUAUGAUGUAUUGGAGCGACUGGCAGGAAGAUUCCAGAGACGCCAACCGUGGUAGCAUAAGAAAAGCCUGGAUGGAUGGCACCAACGGUGGCGUCCUCAUCACCUCCAAAAACAUGCUGUGGCCAAACGGCCUGAGCCUGGACAUCCCACAGGGCAUUCUGUACUGGGUGGAUGCUUAUUAUGACCGCAUCGAGAUGGUUGUGCUCAACACCACUGAGCGCAAGACUGUGUAUGAGGGGCAGGAGCUGAACCACCCCUUUGGAUUGUGCCACUACAAGAACUAUCUGUUCUGGAACGAGUACCGAAUCGGCAGCAUCUACAAACUGGACAUGACCUCAAAGAAGGUGACCCUGCUGCGCAACGAGAGACCGCCCAUCUACGAGAUCCGCACCUACGACGCCCAGCAGCAACAAACAUCGAGUCUGAACAUGUGCAGAUCCAACAAUGGUGGCUGCAGCAGUCUGUGUCUGCUCAUACCGGGUGAUCGCACUUGUGCUUGUGCAGAUGACCAGAUCUUGGACGUUGACAACAGAACCUGUAAAGCGAAUCCGUCCUACAUGCCCCCACCUCAGUGCCAGCCCGGGGAGUUUGCCUGCAAGAACAACCGCUGUAUCCAGGAGCGCUGGAAAUGUGACGGAGACAACGACUGUCUGGACAACAGUGACGAGGCUGCUGAGCUGUGCCACCAGCACACCUGCCCAGCCGACCGCUUCAAGUGCCAGAACAACCGCUGCAUCCCCAUGCGCUGGCUUUGCGACGGAGACAACGACUGCGGCAAUGAAGAGGACGAGUCCAACAGCACCUGCUCAGCUCGUACGUGCCCACCAAACCAGUACCCGUGCGCCAGCGGACGCUGCAUUCCCAGCUCCUGGACCUGCGAUCUGGAUGACGACUGUGGGGAUCGCUCUGAUGAACCAGCUUCCUGUGCCUACCCGACCUGUUUCCCCACCACUCAGUUCACUUGUGCUAACGGACGCUGCAUCAAUGUUAACUGGAGAUGUGAUAACGAUAACGAUUGUGGAGACAACAGUGACGAAGCAGGAUGCAGUCACUCCUGCUCCAGCGUGCAGUUUAAAUGCAACAGCGGCCGCUGCAUCCCCGAGUACUGGACUUGCGAUGGAGACAACGACUGCGGAGACAACAGCGACGAGAAAAGCGCCAACUGCACCAACCAGGCCACACGACCACCUGGUGGCUGCCACUCGGACGAGUUUCAGUGCCGGAUGGACGGUCAGUGUAUCCCCAUGCGCUGGCGCUGCGACGGCGACCCCGACUGCACGGACCUGACUGACGAGAAGCACUGCGAGGGCGUCACACGUACCUGCGAUCCGUCCGCCAAGUUUGCCUGCAGAGACUCCGCUCGGUGUAUCAGUAAAGCCUGGGUGUGUGAUGGAGACAGUGACUGUGAGGAUAACUCCGAUGAAGAAAACUGCGAGGUGCUGAUGUGCAAGCUCUCUCACCACGCGUGCGCCGGCAACGACUCCAUCUGCCUCCCCGCCGAGAAGCUGUGUGACGGCAAAGACGACUGUCCCGACGGCUCGGAUGAGAAACUCUGUGACUUGUGCUCAGCGGAAAACGGCGGUUGCAGCCAUAACUGCACCAUCGCGCCGGGAGAGGGGAUCCUGUGCUCAUGCCCGCCUGGCAUGGAGCUCGGCUCCGACAACAAGACGUGCCAGAUCCAGAGCUUCUGCGCCAAGCACCUGAAGUGUAGCCAGCGCUGCAUUCAGGAAAAGGCGACCGUCAAGUGCGCCUGCUACGAGGGCUGGGCUCUGGAGCCGGACCACGAGAGCUGCAAGAGCACUGAUCCCUUCAAGCCGUUCAUCAUUUUCUCCAACCGGCACGAGAUCCGCCGUAUCGAUCUAUACAAGGGCGAGUUCAGUGUGCUGGUGCCCGGCCUAAGAAACACCAUUGCCCUGGACUUCCAUCUCAACCAGAGCUCCCUUUACUGGACCGAUGUGGUGGAGGACAAGAUCUACCGCGGCAAACUGUCUGAAAACGGAGCUCUGACCAGUUUCGAGGUGGUGAUCCAGUACGGCCUGGCCACUCCUGAGGGUUUGGCAGUGGACUGGAUCGCUGGAAACAUCUACUGGGUGGAGAGCAACUUGGACCAAAUCGAAGUGGCCAAGCUGGACGGCACCAUGCGCACCACGCUGCUCGCUGGCGAGGUGGAACACCCACGAGCCAUCGCUCUUGACCCUCGAGAUGGCAUCUUGUUCUGGACUGACUGGGAUGCCAGUUCACCCAGGAUCGAGGCCGCUUCCAUGAGUGGAGAUGGACGACGAACCAUCCACAGAGAAACGGGCAGUGGAGGCUGGCCUAACGGACUAACUGUCGACUACCUAGAGCGACGUAUUCUGUGGAUUGAUGCCAGGUCUGAUGCCAUCUACUCGGCUGCCUACGAUGGUUCUGGCCUGAUCGAGGUUCUCCGUGGACACGAAUACCUGUCGCACCCGUUUGCAGUCACCAUGUACGGCGGUGAGGUGUACUGGACGGACUGGCGCACUAACACGCUGGCUAAAGCAAACAAGUGGACAGGACACAACGUCACCGUGGUGCAGAGGACCAACACGCAGCCGUUCGAUCUGCAGGUCUACCACCCAUCCAGACAGCCUAUGGCUCCUAACCCUUGUGCUGCUAAUGGCGGGAAGGGCCUGUGCUCUCACCUGUGCCUUAUCAACUACAAUCAGACGUUCUCCUGUGCCUGCCCCCACCUCAUGAAGCUGCAUACUGACACACACACCUGCUAUGAGUCUCGCCAGUUCUUGCUCUAUGCCCGUCAGAUUGAGAUCAGAGGGGUGGAUAUUCAGAACCCCUAUUAUAACUACAUUAUCUCAUUUACCGUGCCUGUAAUUGAUAAUGUAACUGCAGUGGAUUAUGACGCCCAGGAGCAGCGCAUCUACUGGUCCGAUGUGCGCACUCAGAUGAUCAAAAGAGCCUUUAUUAAUGGGACCGGGGUGGAGACCGUGGUCUCAGCUGAUAUUCCCAAUGCUCAAGGCCUUGCUGUGGACUGGAUAUCUAGGAACCUGUUCUGGACCAGCUAUGAUGCCAGCAAGAAGCAGAUCAAUGUGGCCCGGCUAGACGGCUCCUUUAAGAACUCGGUCAUCCAUGGACUGGACAAGCCACACUGCUUGGUGGUACAUCCCAUGCUUGGAAAGCUGUACUGGACGGAUGGUGACAACAUCAGCAUGGCCAACACUGAUGGCAGCAACCAGUCUUUACUCUUCACCGAUCAGAAGGGACCUGUGGGACUUUCUAUUGAUUUCGAUGAGGAGAAGCUUUACUGGAUCAGCUCAGGAAACAGCACCAUAAACCGCUGCAAGUUUGACGGCACUGGCCUGGAGAUCAUGGAAGGAGUGAAGGGAAAACUGACCAGAGCCACGGCUCUUGCCAUUAUGGGUGACAAGCUGUGGUGGGCGGACCAGGGAACAGACCAGGUUGGCACCUGCGACAAAAAGGACGGAGGCAACUGGAAAGUUUUGAGGAACAGCACAUCUCUCGUAAUGCACAUGAAGAUCUACAAUGAGACAGUGCAGCAGAACGGUACCAACUUGUGCACUAAGAACAACGGCGACUGCUCUCAGCUCUGCCUGCCUACUUCUCCCACCACCAGAGCCUGCAUGUGCACGGCAGGUUACAACCUCAAGAGUGGCCAGCAGUCCUGUGAAGGCAUGGGUUCUUUCUUGCUCUACUCUGUGCAUGAGGGCAUCCGGGGGAUCCCGUUGGACCCAGGUGACAAAUCUGAUGCCCUGGUUCCAGUAUCUGGCACCUCUCUGGCAGUGGGAAUUGACUUUCAUGCUGAAAACGACACCAUCUAUUGGGUGGACAUGGGUCUGAGCACCAUCAGCCGAGCCAAGAGAGAUCAGACCUGGAGAGAAGAUGUGGUCACUAACGGCAUUGGACGUGUGGAGGGAAUUGCUGUUGACUGGAUCGCAGGAAACAUCUACUGGACAGACCAGGGAUUCGACAUGAUUGAGGUGGCCAGACUCAACGGCUCCUUCCGCUAUGUCGUCAUCUCUCACGGUCUUGACAAACCCCGCGCCAUUGCCGUCCAUCCAGAGAAAGGGUACCUCUUCUGGACUGAAUGGGGUCAGUACCCACGUAUUGAGCGGUCACGGCUGGACGGUUCAGAAAGAAUGGUCCUGGUCAACGUCAGUAUCAGCUGGCCCAACGGCAUCUCCAUCGACUAUAAGAAAGGCCUCCUGUACUGGUGCGAUGCUCGUACAGACAAAAUCGAGCGUAUUAAUCUGGAGACUGGAGGGAACCGUGAACUGGUUUUGGCCGUUCACAACAUGGACAUGUUUGCUGUGUCUGUGUUUGAGAACUACAUCUACUGGAGUGACAGGACGCAUGCCAACGGCUCCAUCAAGAGAGGCAAUAAGAACAAUGCCACAGACAUGGUGUAUCUACGAAAGGGCAUUGGCGUGCAGCUUAAAGACAUCAAAGUCUUUAACCGAGCCAGACAGCAAGGCACCAACGUCUGUAAGGAAAACAAUGGUGGCUGCGAGCAGCUGUGUCUUUUCCGCGGCAACAGUGCGCGCACCUGCGCCUGUGCCCACGGCAUGCUGGGCGAGGACGGAUGCUCCUGCCGCGACUACGAUGGCUACCUGCUAUACUCGGAGCGCACCAUCCUCAAAAGCAUACACCUGUCUGACGAAACCAACCUCAACGCACCCAUCAAGCCCUUCGAAGACCCCGAUCACAUGAAGAAUGUCAUCGCACUCACGUUCGACCACAGAGGCGGCGGGGGCAAAGGGGCCAAUCGCAUUUUCUACAGCGACAUCCACUUCGGCAACAUCCAACAAAUUAGCGACGAUGGCUUGGACCGCAAGACCCUCGUUGAGAAUGUGGGGUCUGUGGAGGGCUUGGCGUAUCACAGAGGCUGGGACACACUGUACUGGACCAGCUAUACCACCUCCACCAUCACUCGACACACGGUGGACCAAUCACGCAGCGGCGCCUACAACAGGGAGACGGUGGUCACCAUGUCCGGAGACGACCAUCCAAGAGCUUUUGCUCUGGAUGAGUGCCAGGGCCUGAUGUUCUGGACGAACUGGAACGAGCUGUCCCCCAGCAUCAUGCGGGCUUCUCUGUCUGGGGCCAAUGUGAUUGUGAUCGUGGGCAACAGCAUCCGCACGCCCAAUGGCCUGGCUAUAGAUCACCGUGCUGAGAAGCUUUAUUUCUCAGACGCCACGCUGGACAAGAUUGAGCGAUGCGAGUACGACGGCACAAAUCGCUUUGUGGUUUUGAAGAAUGAGCCCGUGCACCCAUUCGGCCUGGCCGUAUACGGCGAGUAUAUCUUCUGGACCGACUGGGUGCGCAGAGCUGUGCUCAGAGCCGAUAGAUUUGGCAGGGACAUGAAAGUGCUGCGCGCCGACAUCCCCCAGCAGCCUAUGGGCAUCAUCUCCGUGGCCAAGGACACUAACGGCUGUGAGUUCUCUCCAUGUCACACCAAUAACGGAGGCUGUGAGGAUCUGUGUCUGCUGACUUCAGAGGGACGGGUCAACUGCAGCUGCCGUGGAGACCGUAAACUGGUGGAGGGCAAUGUCUGUGUCGCCGAAAAUACCACAUGCCACAGCGUGGACGAGUUUGAGUGCGGAAACGGCGACUGCAUCAACUACAGCCUGACCUGCGACGGUCGCGCUCACUGCAAAGACAAAUCGGACGAGAAGCCUUCAUACUGCUCUAACCGUGGCUGUAAGAAAGGCUACAGGCGCUGCCUUAAUGGUCGCUGCAUCAAACACAGUUCCUGGUGUGACGGCACAGACGACUGCGGAGAUCGUUCCGACGAACUGCCCUGCAACAUGACCCUGUGCAGCGCCUCAGAGUUCCAGUGUAAGGACGGCUCCUGCAUCACCAACACCAGUCGCUGUAACCAGGUGGUGGACUGUGAGGACGCUAGUGAUGAAAUUAACUGCAGCCCGACAGACUGUUCCAGCUUCUACCUUUUGGGAGUUAAAGGUGUGACCUUUCAGAAGUGUGAGCAAACCACGCUCUGCUACGCCCCCUCCUGGCAAUGUGACGGCUCCAAUGACUGUGGAGACUUUUCGGACGAGAGGAACUGUCCAGAAAAGAGAAAGCUGAAAUGUCCUGUCAACUUCUUCGCCUGCCCGAGCGGCCGCUGUAUUCCCAUGAGCUGGACCUGUGACAAAGAGAACGACUGUGAGAAUGGAACAGACGAGACGCACUGCGAUAAGUUCUGCUCCCCGACACAGUUCGAGUGUGCCAACCACCGGUGCAUUUCCAGAUCCUGGGUGUGUGACGGCACAGAUGACUGCGGAGACGGCACAGAUGAGGGCACUCAAUGCAGUUCGAAGACCUGCAGCCCAGAGGCCUUCCACUGUCCCGGCUCACACUGUAUACCUCAACGCUGGAAGUGUGAUGGGGACAAGGACUGUCCAGAUGGAGCUGAUGAGGGAGUGAAAGCUGGCUGCCCGAACAACAAGACAUGUGAUACCAACGAGUUCCAGUGCCAGAAUAAGCAGUGCAUCCCUAAGCAUUUCGUCUGCGAUCAUGACUUGGACUGCCGCGACGGUUCAGACGAGUCUCCUGAAUGUGAGUACCCAUCCUGUGGACCCAAUGAUUUCCGCUGUGCUAAUGGGCAUUGCCUGAAGCAGAAGAACUGGGAGUGUGAUGGCGAGUUUGACUGUCAUGAUCACUCGGAUGAAGCCCCCAAGAACUCCCGCUGCACAGAACCAGAGAAGCGCUGUAAUGACUCGGCACACCUGUGCAAUAACGGCAAGUGUGUGAGCUCGGACGUGCUCUGCGACAGGAAAGACGACUGUGGCGACGGCUCGGACGAGCUCAACUGCUUCGUUAACGAGUGUCUCAACAGCAAACUCAGCGGCUGCACCCAACUCUGUGAGGAUCUCAAGAUCGGCUACAAGUGCCGGUGCGAGCCUGGUUUCCGUCUGAAGCACGAUGGGAAGACAUGCAUGGACGUGGAUGAGUGCACCACCACAUACCCUUGCUCACAGCGCUGCGUCAACACCUACGGCAGCUUCCACUGCCUCUGUGUGGAGGGAUACGCAGCGCACACUACCGACUCCACCCGCUGCAAGUCCACCUCUGAGGAGGAGGCUUUCCUCAUCUUUGCUAACCGCUACUACCUGAGGAAGCUGAACUUGGAUGGCAGCAACUACACCCUCAUCAAACAGGGUCUGAACAACGCCGUGGCUCUGGAUUACCAUUACGCCGAGCAGAUGAUCUACUGGACUGAUGUGACCACGCAGGGCAGCAUGAUCCGCCGCAUGCACAUCAACGGCAGUAACGUGGAGGUGCUGCACCGGACAUCUCUUAGCAAUCCGGAUGGUCUAGCUGUGGACUGGGUCGGAGGAAACCUGUACUGGUGCGACAAGGGCCGGGACACCAUUGAGGUCUCCAAGCUCAACGGGGCUUACAGAAGCAUGUUGGUCAACAGCGGCCUGAGAGAGCCGAGGGCAGUUGCUGUGGAUGUGCGCAACGGAUAUCUGUACUGGUCAGACUGGGGAGACGUGCCACACAUCGGGCGUAUUGGAAUGGAUGGUACAAACCGGAGCGUCAUCAUCAAGGACAAGAUCACAUGGCCCAACGGCCUCACGCUGGACUUCAUCAACGACCGUAUUUACUGGGCUGAUGCUCGAGAGGACUACAUCUCCUUUGCUAGCCUGGAUGGGACCAGCAGACACAUUGUGAUGAGUCAAGACAUCCCACACAUCUUUGCUAUGACUCUGUUUGAGGACUACAUUUACUGGACGGACUGGGAGACCAAGUCCAUCAACAGAGCACAUAAAACUCUGGGCACCAACAAGACCAUGCUGAUCAGCACUCUGCACAGGCCCAUGGACAUUCACAUUUUUCACCAGGACCGACAGCCUCCAGUUGAGAGUCACCCAUGUCAGGUGGAUAACGGAGGCUGCAGUAACCUGUGUCUGGUGUCUCCUGGAGGGGGGGGCUACAAGUGUGCCUGUCCAACCAACUUCUACUUGGCUGCAGAUGGAAAACAGUGUCUGUCCAACUGCACAGCUAGCCAGUUUGUGUGUAAGAACGAUAAAUGCAUCCCGUUCUGGUGGAAGUGCGACACCGAGGACGACUGCGGAGAUCGCUCCGACGAACCUGCCGACUGCCCUGAGUUUAAGUGCAGGCCUGGCCAGUUCCAGUGUGGCACUGGGAUCUGCACCAACCCAGCCUAUAUUUGCGAUGGAGACAAUGACUGCCAGGACAGCUCGGACGAAGCCAACUGCGACAUUCAUGUGUGCCUGCCCAGUCAGUUCAAGUGUUCACACCCGAGCCGCUGCAUUCCUGGGAUUUUCCGCUGUAAUGGCCAGAACAACUGUGGACAGGGAGAAGAUGAGAAAGAUUGUCCUGAGGUGACCUGCGCACCCAAUCAGUUCCAGUGUGUCAUCACUAAGCGCUGCAUUCCCCGAGUCUGGAUGUGCGAUCGCGACAACGACUGUGUGGACGGCUCUGAUGAACCAGCCAACUGCACUCAGAUGACUUGCGGCGUGGAUGAAUUCCGCUGUAAGGACUCCGGCCGUUGCAUCCCCGCACGCUGGAAAUGCGACGGCGAGGACGAUUGCGGCGACGGCUCGGAUGAGCCCAAAGAGGAGUGUGAUGAGAGAACUUGCGAGCCUUAUCAGUUCCGCUGCAAGAACAACCGGUGUGUCCCGGGCCGCUGGCAGUGCGACUACGACAACGACUGCGGUGACAACUCUGAUGAGGAAAAGUGCGUGCCACGUAAGUGCUCAGAGAGUGAAUUCUCCUGCACUAAUGGUCGCUGCAUCGCCGGGAGAUGGAAAUGCGAUGGAGACCAUGACUGUGCCGACGGUUCUGAUGAGCACGGCUGUGAUCUGAAGUGCGACGGCGACCAGUUUCAGUGUAAGAACGGCCACUGCAUUCCAGUGCGCUGGCACUGCGACGACGACGCCGACUGCAUGGAUGGCAGCGACGAGGAGCAGUGUCACAAUGCGACGAAACGCCUCUGUCCCAGUGACGAGUUCCAGUGUAACAACACUCUUUGUAAACCUCUGUCCUGGAAGUGUGACGGAGAGGACGACUGUGGGGAUAAUUCAGAUGAAAACCCAGAGGAGUGCAGGAAGUUCAUCUGUCCACCCACUAGAAACUUCCGCUGCCAGAACGACCGUGUGUGCCUGAGGAGCAGCAAACGCUGUGAUGGCAUUAACCACUGUGGAGACAACUCGGAUGAGCUGAACUGCGAUGAGCACGUUAGCAAGUGUGGAAAGGAGCAGUUCAGGUGCAGUACCGGCAAGUGCAUCAGUUCCACGCUGCGCUGCAACUACUUCAAUGACUGUGAGGACUACGGCUCGGAUGAGAUCGGCUGCAAGUUAGACAUGAUGAACGACUGUAAGAGUAACAAGUCUCUGUGUGGAGAGACUGAAGAGGUUCACUGUGUGGUCAACGGCACAUAUUCCUUCUGCUCCUGCAAACCAGGCUUCCAAAGCAAUGGCACCAGCAACUGUCAAGACAAGAACGAGUGCCAGCAGUUUGGGGUGUGUUCUCAAAUCUGCAACAACACCAAGGGUUCCUACAAGUGCAGCUGCGACAAGCACUUCACCAAGAUCAACAACACCUGCAAGGCUAAUGGUCCGACCAACAACAGACAGGUGCUCUACAUUGCUGAUGAUAACGAGAUCCGUAGUCUAGACCCAGGCAUACUCAACUGGGUGUACGAGCAGACCUUCCAGGGUGAUGCCAACGUGCGCAUCGAUGCCAUGGACCUGCACGUCAAGACCAACCGCAUCUUUUGGACUAACUGGCACGCCACCGGGAUCUCCUCCUUCCAGCUGCCCUCCUCGUCCUCGUCUUCAUCCGGGACCUCAACCAAUUCCCACCGCAACACACGCCAGAGCGAGAGAGCCGUCACCAACCUUGAAAUUCCUGGUCUGAAGACACCCAGAGGCAUUGCUGUGGACUGGGUUGCUGGGAACCUGUACUGGACAGACUCGGGCCGUGAUGUCAUCGAAGUGGCCCAGAUCACUGGCCAGAACAGGAAGACACUUAUCUCUGGCAUGAUCGAUGAGCCCUAUGCUAUUGUGGUGGAUCCUCCAAGAGGCACCAUGUACUGGGCAGACUGGGGUAAUCACCCCAAAAUUGAGACAGCGGCCAUGGAUGGCACUUUAAGACAGACACUGGUGCACGAGAACCUGCAGUGGCCCACUGGUCUGGCAGUGGACUACUUCAAUGAACGUCUCUACUGGGCAGAUGCCAAGCUCUCUGUGAUUGGCAGUGUGCGUUUGGACGGCACAGACCCCGUGGUGGCCGUCUCCAACAUCAAAAACAAUCUCCUGCACCCGUUCAGCAUCGACAUCUUUGAGGACUACAUCUACGGCAUCACCUACAUCAACAACAUUGUGUUCCGUGUUAACAAGUUUGGAAAGGGUCCAAUGGAAAACCUGACAACAGGCAUCAACCGCGCCACGGACAUUGUGCUCUACCACCGCUACAAACAGCCUGAGAUGGCAAAUCCAUGUGACCGGAAGAAGUGCGAGUGGCUGUGUUUGCUCAGCCCCAGCGGUCCUGUGUGCACUUGCCCUAAUGACCGCGUGGCUGAUAACGGCACGUGUGUUGAACUGCCCCCGGCCACACAGACCCCCUUCAAGCCUAUGUGUAACGUUCAGUGUCUGAAUGGUGGCAGUUGUUUCCUAAACGAUCGCAGUCAGCCCAAGUGCCGCUGCCCCACCAGCUACAGCGGUGAAAGAUGUGAGAUUGACAAGUGCAGAGAUUACUGCAAGAACGGAGGAACCUGCUCCCCAUCACGCACCGGUGCUCCUACAUGUCGCUGUCUGAACGGUUUUACUGGGCCCAACUGUAAUCAGAACACAUGCAAAGACUACUGCAAGAAUGAGGGCACCUGUACCGUCAGCCUUGGCAACCAGCCCAUGUGCCAGUGCCACGACGGCUUCUUAGGAGAUCAGUGCCAGUACAGUCAGUGUGAUGGCUUCUGUGAGAACGCUGGUACCUGUCAGGAGAUGGCGAACGGCACCAAGACGUGUCGCUGCUCCCCGCAGUUCCUUGGCCCCACCUGCGACCUGAACAAGUGCUUGUACUGCGGCUCUGGGAAAUGUCUGCCAGAUUCACUAAAUGGAGUGAUAUGCAGCUGUGCUAAUGACAGAAGACAGCCCAGCUGUUACACCUGCAAAGACUUCUGCACCAACGGUCACUGUUCAAUAGACCUGCGCACCAUGCUCCCACAGUGCAAGUGUUCUUCAGGCUGGCACGGCUAUCGGUGUGAGCACACUGCUUCUCCAGUGGAUUCGGGAGAUUCUUCUGGGAACGCAGCCUCUGUGAUUAUUCCAGUUCUGCUCCUACUCCUACUGGCACUGCUGCUGGUUGGUGCCAUCUUGUGGUACAAGAGAAGAAUGCGUGGUGCUAAGGGGUUCCAGCACCAGAGGAUGACCAAUGGGGACAUGAACGUGGAGAUUGGGAACCCUGCAUAUAAGAUAUAUGAGGGAGAGCCUGAUGAUGAUGCAGGAGAGCUGCUCGACUCAGACUUUGCUCUGGAUCCAGACAAGCCCACAAACUUCACCAACCCAGUCUACGCCACGCUUUACAUGGGAGCCCACAACAGCCGCAACUCUUUGGCCAGCACGGACGAGAAGAAGGAGCUGCUGUCUGCAGGGGACGAGGACAUGGGCGACCCGCUGGCAUAGAGCCGCCCCCCCUCUGUGCCGAGCAACCUCUGCCUGCCUGCCCGUAAACCCCCAUGCCUUUUACACAACGAAAGAAAAGCAACAAGAGAGCAAGAACACUGUACAAAAUGUAAAAAAAAAUAUGAAGGACUAAUUUUUGUAUGUGAUUCCAGUAUUAUAUUUUAUCCUUUGAGAAAUUCCUUCUGGUCGGAGAAAAGGACAUUUUUCUAUGCCUUCUUUUUUUAAAGCAUUACUCACCUAGCAAACAUCUCUCACACUCUCCUUCAUGUAGCCUCUACCUCUGUGCUAAACGAGAUGCCAACAACUGUAAAAACUGUAGAGUUGUUUAGGGUUUUUAUGUCUGAUUUGUAUAGAAGAAUGAUAUAGUCGGGAUUUUAUGUUGCUGUCAUCAGUGAACCAAUAAGGGAGAUAAAUAGGUGGGCUAAAUCACAGAUCACGAAUGGUACUGAUGUCAGACCAGUCUGUAUUCGAGUGUGUGUCUGUACUGCCGUAGGAGAGACGUGUGUGUGUGUCACUGUGCAAAGGAAACAUCCUAAACAAGGCUUAUCAUGAUUGCCUUACGUUUUAUUUGUUUUACAAUUCAGUAGACAUUGCAGUAAAUGUAAGCCAGUGACUCUGUAAUGCUUUUAGUGGUUAUAGAGAUUGAAGACGUGUACGUAUGAAUAUUCAUUCAUCCAUGCGUCCAUCAUUAACGACGGAUGGAGAGUUUUUUUUUUUUAAUGAAUAACAUUCCAGGACGUGUAGUUGUGGCCUUUGCGUGUAUGUGUUAGCAGGAUGCCCAGAAGAGUAAGUUAAAGGGAAGAGACUAAUAACGGUGUCCACUUCUUCCCUGAUGCCGCGUCUUCCAGAAGGUAGGGACCGUAAGGAUUAAAAGGGACUGAUUGUUGCCCACUGGGAUUUUAAGGGAGUGCUUUAGUGUACCACUUUAAUGGAAACUGCAGUGUAUAAUUUUUUGCUUUUAACUGUGCAGUGUCUUAAGAUUUAGAUUUUAAAGCUUGACUGUGUGUGUGUGUGCGUGUAUGCGUGUGUUAAUGUUUGUAUCGGGUCCGUAGACUUUUCUGCCCUGACUCACUGCCUCACUGCUACUCGUUCUCAGUGUCUUCACAGGAAAAGGAACUAAUGCAUGUAACACCAAACGUUCAGUGUUCACUCAGUGUCCAACUUCAGCUUCUGCUUGGUUCUCGCCAUCAUUUAGUCAAGUCUGAGGUUUCAGAAACAGGGACUGAUUACACCCGAACCCGCAGCCGUUUCUGUACUCCUGCUCAUUUGUUUUAAUUCUGUUUGUUUCUUUUUAUAUACGCGGAAAAGAAAUUAAACUGCUUUUUAUAGUAGAAAUGCAUGGUGGCGCAGCCCUUCUUUUGGAGAAACAGAGUAACAUUUCACUAUUUUUUGCUGGAGACCUUCAUAACCUACAGAAGAGUAAUGGAUAUUGUUAUAAUUACGAAAUAAAAUCAGUGUGUACAGAAAA